UGGCUCAGCCAGCCAACGGCAGGAUGGUAGUCCCUCUGUACCGCGCUCAGGAGCAGUUCAGAGGGGGAGCUGCAACAGAGCGUGUAUCCGACUACCUAGAAACCUUUCUGUGUAGCUGCUGUUGUGACCAUAUGCAGGAGGGAGUGAGGCAGCCCUCUCUCGGCAGGGCGCCAUCGUUGAGAAGAGGAUUCUAGCUAAAGUACACAGCAGGUUCAUCGUGUCUCUGGCCUAUGCAUUCGAGACCAAGACCGACCUCUGUCUGGUGAUGACCAUCAUGAAUGGAGGUGACGUAAGGUACCACAUCUACAAUGUGGAUGAGGAGAACCCCGGCUUUCCGGAGCCACGAGCCAUCUACUACACAGCACAGAUCAUCAGUGGCCUGGAGCACCUGCAUCAGAGACGCAUUGUCUACCGUGACCUCAAGCCAGAGAACGUGCUGCUGGACAACGAUGGCAACAUCCGAAUUUCUGACCUUGGACUGGCCGUGGAGUUGAAGGAAGGGCAGAAUAAGACCAAGGGCUAUGCAGGGACCCCAGGUUUCAUGGCCCCCGAGCUCCUGCGAGGCGAAGAGUACGACUUCUCUGUGGACUACUUUGCCCUGGGGGUCACAUUGUACGAGAUGAUCGCAGCCAGAGGACCCUUCCGAGCCCGAGGAGAGAAGGUGGAGAACAAGGAGCUUAAACAGCGCAUCAUCUCAGAGCCCGUGAAGUACCCAGAGAAGUUCAGCCAGGCCAGCAAGGACUUCUGUGAGCAGCUGUUAGAGAAGGACCCGGAGAAGCGCCUGGGUUUCCGGGAUGGAACCUGUGACGCCCUAAGGGCGAAUGUCCUCUUCAAAGAUAUCAGCUGGAGACAGCUCGAAGCCGGAAUGCUCAUCCCUCCGUUCAUCCCAGACUCUAGGACUGUCUAUGCCAAGAACAUUCAGGAUGUGGGUGCCUUUUCCACAGUCAAGGGUGUGGUUUUUGACAAAGCAGACACAGAAUUCUUCCAAGAAUUCGCCUCCGGCAACUGCUCCAUUCCCUGGCAGGAGGAGAUGAUUGAGACUGGGGUCUUCGGGGACCUCAACGUGUGGCGCCCAGACGGUCAAAUGCCCGAUGACAUGAAGGGAAUCACCGUGGAGGAGGCAGCCCCUACAGCCAAAUCAGGGAUGUGUCUCAUCUCCUAGCCUAGUGUCUGGGGGAAGCCUGGGGCUGGCUGUAUAGAGAGAGGGAAGGAUACAGAGCUCAGGGGAGGAGAGUGACCCUGGUGUCAGCCUGUGCCCACUCCAUCCAGGUCACCAUGCAACUGUGUCUUCACAAGGAGCCAGCAAGACUCCCGGUCUAGACCCUAGAGGCAUGGCAGUCCAUUUCUUUUGUCCUGAUUCAUUCAAAAAAGACAAAAAAAGGCCACAGAUUGAACAAUAAGGUGUCUAUGCUCAAAGAACCUUUGUGUACAGAUGUGUGGCCAGGCCAGGAGCUUGAUGACCAGAGACUCACAUCCAGCAUGGAUCUCCUGGUACUUGGAAGUUAGUAUUCCAGGGCAGACCUGUUUGCUCUGGUCAGAUCAGGGUUGCAGGUACUUGUACACCCCAAAGAGGGCUGUACUCAGGGUACCCACCCAGACCCCUCCUUGCCUGAUUCCUGCCUCCUAAGCUGCCUUUACUGGUCACCGCCUGUUCCCGUGGACCCCAACUUGGGGAUAUUGAGUCUUCAGGGAGUAGAAAGGACGGAAGGGCCUGGUCUUAGCUGAGAGUCACUGCCUCCUAUUAAGAAGCGGAGACAGCUACCUCAGGCGGCUGUGGUCUCUGUCAUCAGUCGACACUACAUGGGGUGUAUAUUACAGUCACAUCACAUGUGAUGGGGGCCUAGGUCCUUACAAGCUAAUGCCACGUGUGGUGGAUACCUAAGCAAAGACACGCCAUGUGUGGUUAUUGCCCGAGUCCUUACACAGCCAUCACACUGUAAUGGGUGUCUGUGUUCGUAGGCCAUCGUUGUAGCCCCAGUCUCCCCCUUUUGGGAAGGCAGGUGACCUACACAUACCCAAAAUUGGGAAAGAUUGCUGGAUGAUGUCAACACCGGAACACAACACUGGCCCAGUGUCCCCAAAUUGUAUUGGGUACGAGCACUGUCAUCAAUGAAGCCCAGGCCAGCUGUGUUGUGGAAGACUCCAGAUGUCGUUAUAGAGGUGCCUUUGGGACGCUCUGGAAGGGCCGUGGGGCCGUGACCACACCUCCUGGACCAUGGUCUGGGAUUCACUGGGACCCAGGAGUCCUGUGACUGAUUAGUGCUCAGUGCUGUAGAUAAGACAAUCCUCCACCAUCCCUUUCACUCCAUGUUCUGGUCUGGGGCAUCACACACGUUUCAAAUACUUGGGCGUAUAUUUCAUUUCCCUGUGUCCUGGAGCUCAAUUUAAUGUGCUCUGGGUUGAAGACCCUAGCAGAUUAGCAAUUUCAUCCUGGGCUUCCCUCGGGCAGAGGAGUAUGUAAAGGUGAAUUUCAGCAGCCACGGCCGGUUUCAGAGAGGCCUGGUCCUGUUACACACUAGCCACUGUCCUCGUUUGGCUGGCCUAGAGCUCCCGGAGUUGACAGUGGAGCCCGUGUGGCCACCUAGGCUUGGAGUCAGGACCCCUCACCCUGCACUGUAGAUAAAAGAGCAAGUCGGUCUCACUUCAGACAAAUAGUGAAUACUUUGCCAGUGUAAUGUCUCAGUAGUAUUUGGGGCAGACUUAAUACUAAAACUAUGCAUUGUUUGUUGGAAAUUCAGAUUUUGCCAGAUGAUCUGUAGGUCUUUUUAAAAUAUAAACCUAGCUGGCCCAUUGCAGACUCACCAGCAAGCAGGGAUGGAAUUGUUGAGAGCAAUGUUGCUUUGCUUUGGUGUUUCUUAGGAUCUAAUCAGGAGAGGUCUUCUCUUGCUCUGGCCCACUCACGGACAUAAGCUCAAGUGUCACUCAGACAAACUCACUGUGGGACCUGCAGCUGCCCUGCAUGGUUGUAUGUGCAGGACGUUGCUAGCUUCAUUGGAGGAUGCUGAGUGGUGAAGGGUGAGUGGCUUUCUCUGUGUUCUCUGGAGCACAGGUUAGCCAACUCCUCAUCCUAGAGAUUUCUUGGACUGUUUUUGGGUUUCCGCUGUAGGUGUUCUCUCAGGGACAGUAGACCUUUGGCCUGAAGAGAUGUCCCCAUCUCCACUGUCCCUCCUCACGUCUAGAGCUCAUAGACUCCUAGGUCCUAGAGCUCGAGUCUUGCCUGGACACCAAACCCAUGGAGCUUCAACUUACACACUUCGAUUCUGGCAGUUGUUGGCCACCUUGGUUAUAAUCUCCCAGGAAGGCAGAUAGCAGAGGACCAUCACCAGUUACAGGGUCCAUGGAUGCUGCAAUACCGGUCUAUGCUAGGACCUCUUCAUCAAAGAACCUCCUGAACACAAGGAGCCAUCUGUACAACUGGAAGCCAUCUUGGAAGCCCUGGGAGAUGUAGGUUGUUUUGUACCCUUGUCACCAGCAUGCUGUAAGUGGCUUCACUUGUGAUCAGAGGCACACGACUAUGGUGAGCUUUAUUUCUGCAAUGACUCUAGUAUUUCUUCAACCCCCAGGAGGGAUUCAACAGAGAAGGCAACUCAGACUAGAAAACAAUGGCUCUGGAAGUUGAAGGUUAUCUUAUGAAAGUCAGGAAAGUGCUAUGAACAGUAGGGCGUAUCAGCUUCCGCAACAUAUUGGUCAAACUGGAUUUGGACUUUGUUCCUACAAUCAAGGGUGAUGAAAUUCUCCAGCAGGCCCUGAAGCUCUUCCCAAAUCCAAAGCUAUGUCACAAGUGGUCUGGGAGACUGAGCACCCAAGUCCUUGGCUAUGGUGUGAGGAAGGUUCAGUGCAUGCCUGUAAGUUGUACUUCCAGUGAGGUUGUAUGGGUAGUGGUGGGACCUUCAAGAGGCAGAGCCCAGGGGCAGAGCCUUGGUCUUUGGGGAAGUGCUUUGGAAAGGCUUAGCUAUUUCUGUGGGGCUGUGUCUGACCUCCAAGCCCCUUGCCUUCCUGUCUGUCCACCUUCUCUUGCACAGCUGUGUGAGCUUUCAGCUGAGUCUGUGAUGCUGGGGCUCCCAUCAGAGGCUGGACAAAUGGGGCCUCUCAUGUUAGCUACCCAGCCUCCAAACUGUGGGGUAGAUAAGCCUCUUCACAAAUUACCCUGCUGUGGUAUUUGUUAUAGCAAUGAAAAGUGACCGUCAGCUUUAGAAUUUUAAACCGAUUCCAAGCAGACUUCUGUUUCCAGACAAGAUGGCAUAUCCACACAUUGUGGUAGUCGAAUAGGAAUGACCCCCACAGACUCCUACAUUUGAAUGGCCUUUAGGGAGUGGAGUCACUUGAUGAGGAUUAGGAGGUGUGGUCUCAUUGGAGGAGGUGUGGCCUUGUUGAAGGAGGUAUAUUUCUGGGGGUGGGCUUUGGGGGUUUCAAAUACUCAAGACAGACCCAAUAGCUCUCUUUCUCUCUCUUCUGCCUGUGGAUCCAUCUAUAGAACUCUGAACUCCUUCUCCAGAUCCAUGUCUGCCUGCAUGCUGUCAUGCUCCCUGCCAUGAUGAUAAUGGACCAGAUCUCUGAGACUACAAGCAAGCGCCAAGGAAAUGUUUUCUUUUAUAAGAGUUGUCAUGGCCCUGUCUCCUCAUAGCAAUAGAACACUCACUAAGACAGAAAGAAGUUGGAGCCAGGGAGCAGGGUAUUGCUGUGAUAGGCUUGACUGUGCUGCUUGUUGGCAGAAUGUGAAGUUGAAUGCUUUUGGGGUUUAAUGGGCCAUACUAGCAGAAACGUGGAAGGCAGUCAUGCUGAGGGCAACAUAGAUGAUGAUGGCUCAGGUCAAGAGCUUUCUUGACCAAGAGACUGUUCUUGGGAUAUUUUGGCAAAGAAUGUGUCUGAAAAGUCUGCCCAAGGCUAACUGUAAGAGUUUUGGAUUAAUGGCAUUGGCAGAGGAGAGUUCAAGACAGCCUAAUAUUGACCGUGUUGACAAUCAGAUCUAUAAUGAAGAGGGGCAAGCUGAGCAAGGAAAAAUGAAAAAAAAAUGUAAUGUUUGAGGAGAAAAGGGGCACCAGAAAGUGUAAUGGUGCUAAGUGGAAUAAAGGGAGUGGUGACCUCAGGGCAAAACCCCACCCAGCUCAGCUCCCAACUUGUAAAAAGGAAUUAAAGAAAAUCUUAGUCAGCAAAAGAAAUGGUGAACAGAAAUCUGGUGCAAGUGUAAUAGCACGAGGGGUCAUGUUCCAGCCCCAGCAAGCCGUCAGCUUCUGCCACAUGGUUUGGCUUUAGAGUCAAGGAUACAAGAAAGGAGUUAUGAAAUCCUCCUCCAAGAUUAAGGAAAGCCUCUGAGGCAUGUGUCAAGGGUGUCCCUGCACAGAGACCCAGAGAGUCCAUUGCUUGAAGCUGUGAAGGUGAAGCCUGGAUUGCCUUGAAGUCCCCAAGAGCUUGGGGAUGCCAGAGCCCCGGGAUACCUGCCAAGAACAGCUGCUCACAUGCAGUAGAGCCAGCCCAAGAGGGAGAAGUGUGCUACAGUCAAAGCUGAAAGGAGUUGGAGAUCUGAAGAGUACUUUGACAUCAGACACGGAGAUGCAGAGUUCAGAGUUUGUUUGGCUGGUUUUCUGUCUUGCUUUGGUCCAGUAUUUCCUUACCAUGCUCCCUUUCCUCCCUUUUGGAAUGGUAAUGUAUAUUUUGUGCCAUUGUAUGUUGUGAGUAUGUGAUCUGCUUUUUGGUUUUGAUUUUACAGGGGAGUUACUGUUAAGAGAUUGCCAUGAGUCUCAGGAGAGACUUUGAACUUCGGACUUUUAAACAGUGUUGAAACUGUGGUAGACUGUAGGGACUUUGGAAGUUGGACUGAAUGCAUUUUUGCACUAUAUCUAUAGACCUAUGGGGGUCAUGGAGUAGAAUGUGGUGGUUUGAAUAGGAAUGGCCCCCAUAGGCCCAAAUAUUUGAAUGUUUGGUCAUUAGGGAGUAGCUACUUGAGAGAGAUUAGGAGGUAUGGCUUUGGAGUGGGUGUGGCCUUGUUGGAGUGGGCGUGACCUUGUUGGAGGAAGUGUGUCAUUGGGGGUGGGCUUUGGGUGUUUCAAAUGCUCAAGCCAGGCCCUCCGUGUCUCUCUCUUCCUGCUGCCUGUGUAUCUGGGUGUAGAGCUCUCAGCUACCUCUCCAGCACCAUGUCUACCUGCAUGCCGCCAUGCUUCCUGCCAUGACAAUAAUGGACUGAAGCUCUGAAACUGUAAGCCAGCCCCUAAUAAAAGCUUUCCUUUUUAAAA